AUGAGGAGCGAGAUCAGUUUGGCAUCCAGGUCAGAGCUCGGCAGAUCUGACAAGACGAGGACCAGACGCGAGCGAACGAAGUCGAAAGUGACAGGCAAGUUCGUGAAGGCCAAGACGGCCACUCUCAACGAGGGAUAUGUUGCCGAUUCAAACAGCAUCUGCGGUGUUCUGAAGAACAUCGCCGUUUACUGCUCCACCAGCCGGGCAGUGGCCAAUCUUAUGGCAGCCAUAGUUUUGACGGAUGCGAUUUGCACUUGCAUCGACGUGGAUGCUCGUGCUGCUGCAGAAGCGCCUCCACCUGCAACUCAGCUUAUAGCCGACAUGUGCCUGCUACUUUAUUCGCUCGAGACGGUCUGCCUUCUCACCGCGAAGGGGCUGGAAGUUUUGCGAGACUGGAUGGUCAUAACGGAUCUUGUGGUCAUUGGAUGUGGCUAUCUCGAAACGAUUCUUCACCAUGCAGGGUACGGCCAGUUCUUGCAGCAGUUUGGCCUGUUCCGGAUGCUUCGAUUAGUGCGGAUAUUGCGACUAACGAGGCUGUUGCGGAGGACGCGCGGAUUCCGCGAGCUUCAGAAGUUAGUGCGGAUGAUGGCAACCUGCAUAAAAACAUUAGGUUGGUCAUUGGUCUUUCUGUUCAUUAUCAUGACGAUUUGGGCGCUCCUGAUUGUGGAGGUUGUCCACCCUCUUAUGAAGACGGACGAGUUGGCCUCUGCUUUAGAGACAGAAGGCUGUGGUGACAGGUGCUUCAGAGCUACAUCCACAGUCUUGCAUGCGAACUUGCUCCUGUUCAAAACGGUGAUUGCCGGUGACAGCUGGGGCGAAAUCGCCGUUCCGACCAUCGAAGCGUUUCCCUUGACCGCCAUCAUCUUUGCCGGGUCCUUGUUGACACUCGUCUUUGGCGUUCUCAAUCUGAUUGUAGCUGUCGUGGUGGACACCUUCGCCGAGGCUAGACAGCGGGAUGUUCUUAACUUGGCGGAGGAGAUGGAAUACAACCAUGCAGCAGACCAAAGGUUUUUGGAACAAAUUUUUCAGCGGAUCGAUGCCGAUGGGAGUGGACAAGUCACCUUUGACGAGCUAUUGGAGGGAGCCCGUAAAGAUCCUGAGUUUCAGAGCCGGCUGCGGGUAAUGGACAUCGACGAGAGUGACUUGUUGCAGUUGUUCGAAAUGAUCGACGUGAACGGCGAGGGCGAGAUCGCUGCAGCCGAAUUCAUCGCGCCCUUGACUAGAUGGGUCCACGACUCGAAGACGGCACCCCGCUUCAUCAAGUACAACGUGCUUCGAUCACUUACUCAGCAGGAGGAACUUUACGAUUUGACCAAAAGCUACUUCGACAUCCUAGAUACCCGCAUCCAAGAGCUGUCUGAUUCCUUGGCGCGAGUCGCUCCUGGUCCUCUGGGCAUCCUGGCACAGGCCGCCCAGGCGGGCCUUGGUAGCACCGGCCUCCAGUCCCUCAGGUCCCUCAUGACGGAGGAAAUGGAGUGUGCAGAUGGGGCUGCAGAGCUUGCAGAAGCGCAGGAAGUGGAUGCCGAAGUGGAGCAGCCACAUGCAUCAAAACCCGCUUUGUUAGGAGUUCAGGCCGGAGUUCGCCAAGGAUCAUCAGAAGUGCAGGAGGCGCUCAAGGUUGCGAUGGGCAACUUAGAGGCCGUGGUGGAGACUGCCUUGAAGGAUGGCAAAGCAGGCCCUCUGCAGCCAGGCAGGCCGCACAAGCGCAGCUCAAGGCGUGUUCCAUCACUUCCGGAGCUGGAGAACAACAUCUUCGAAAGAAACAGACGUGCAAGCCGAGCAGGCUCCAAGGAGGACAAUCCUCCUCCCAGUCUCUCCUUGUCAAAUCCGACAUCCAAAGCUCUCCCGACGGCGACGGCGGCGGCGCCGAAGUUCAAGUUCCAAAGGCGGCCGGUGGGUUUCUUCAACGCUCCAGGUGCCGGCCAACCAGCAGAGGCGGUCUCCGAGCGAUGGAGGCGAGUCUCUCAUUCGGAUGAUGGCGGCGACAGUCGCGACACGAGCACGUGGCGAAGGCACAAUCCUGUUGCCAGCAUCGAUGUUGGCGCGUUGCGAAAGCUUCACGCUUCGCGAGCUCAGCCGACCGAGUCGACCGAGCCGUCACCGAAUCGGAUACGCCGACUGAGCAGCGAAUAA